UAUUUUACACAGAAAUCUUGUGAGACCACUGUGCAGCAAGGUGAUGAUUGUACAAAGAGUGGUAUUGAAUUCCCGACCUGGAAAAAAUGGUAAUCCAGUGGCAGAAAAUUUCCGAAUAGAAGAAGUAAAUUUAUCAGAUAAUAUCAGUGAAGGACAAGUACAAGUGAGAACUCUUUAUCUUUCUGUGGAUCCUUACAUGCGUUGCAGAAUGAAUGAAGACACUGGUACUGAUUAUAUAAGAGCUUGGCAGUUGUCUCAAGUGGUUGAUGGUGGAGGUAUUGGGAUUGUAGAAGAAAGCAAAAACAUAAAUUUUACCAAAGGCGAUUUUGUGAUUUCUUUAUAUUGGCCCUGGCAAACCAAGGUUAUUCUGGAUGGAAAUAGCCUUGAAAAGGUAGACCCACAACUUGUGGAUGGGAACCUUUCAUACUUUCUUGGAGCUAUAGGUAUGCCUGGUUUGACUUCCUUGAUUGGGAUACAGGAAAAAGGUCAUAUAACUGCUGGAUCUAAUCAGACAAUGGUUGUUAGUGGAGCUGCUGGUGCUUGUGGAUCCUUGGCCGGGCAGAUUGGCCAUUUGAUGGGCUGUUCCAGAGUGGUGGGAAUUUGUGGAACACAGGAGAAGUGCCUCUUUCUGACCUCAGAACUAGGCUUUGAUGCUGCAGUUAAUUAUAAAAAGGGGAAUGUGGCAGAACAGCUCCGUGAAUUAUGCCCAGCUGGAGUGGAUGUUUACUUUGACAAUGUUGGUGGUGACAUCAGUGAUGCAGUGAUAAGUCAGAUGAAUCAGAACAGCCAUAUCAUCCUGUGUGGUCAAAUUUCUCAGUACAACAAAGAUGUGCCUUAUCCUCCUCCACUACCCCCUGCUGUAGAAGCAAUCCAAAAAGAAAGAAACGUCACAAGAGAAAGAUUUCUGGUGUUGAACUAUAAGGACAAAUUUGAGUCUGGCAUUCUACAGCUGAGUCAGUGGUUUAAAGAAGGGAAGCUAAAGAUCAAAGAGACUGUGAUAAAUGGAUUGGAAAACAUGGGAGCUGCAUUCCAGUCCAUGAUGACAGGAGGUAACAUAGGAAAGCAGAUAGUUUGCAUUUCAGAAGAAACCUCUGUGUAAUCUGUAUAAGCAUCUUUAUCAAGGAAAUACACAGAUUUCUUUCCAUUUUGCACAAAGAUUUUUAAGAUACAUUAAAAAAAUCUUAGAGUACAGAUAGCUUUUUAUUUAAAUGUGAUCAUUGGUAAUAUUUUCUAGUUGCAUAAUUUUUUCCUAUAUCUUCAAUAUCAUGUGUUCUUUAUAUCCAACAUGAUUAUUUACAGUAAUAGAUUGAAGUCAACAUGACCUAUUUUUCUUUCUUUUACUAAAACUGAUAUAUGAUAUUUGAUCAGAUAUUCUGAAACCACUGGAGAUUUGAUAUAAGUGCUUAAUGGAUCAGCUUAAUAAGUCGAUUUUUACAGUU